CAUUUGAAGGAAGGCUCUUCCAUUUUUACCAAACAUAACCAGCACAAACCUCCGAGUCACCAUGGCUGAAAUGUCAAUAGACGACAUCCAAAUUCGAGGCAAUCAGGUUACAGAUGAGUCUCUGGAGAGUACACGUCGGAUUCUGGCUCUGGCAGAGGAGAGUCAAGAUACCGGGGUGAAGACGAUAACCAUGUUGGAUGAGCAAGGAGAACAACUGAAGAGGGUUGAGGAGGGACUGGACCAGAUCAACAAAGACAUGCGAGAGGCAGAUAAGAACCUUACAGAGCUGAACAAGUGCUGUGGCCUCUGUAUCUGUCCUGGGAAGAGAUCAAAGAGUUUUGAAUUUGGAGAGGUGUAUAAGAAGGCGUGGGGGAACAGGGAUAGUGAUGAAGACGUUGUUUCUAAACAGCCACGACAGCUCAACGGACAGCAGCAGAGGGCCCCGGGGCAGAGCGGCCCAUACAUAAAGAGGGUAACAAAUGACGCUCGGGAAGAUGAGAUGGAGGAGAAUCUAAAUCAGGUUGGGAGCAUCUUGGGAAAUCUAAAGAAUUUGGCUCUAGAUAUGGGAAAUGAGAUCGAUUCCCAGAACAAACAAAUCGACAAGAUUAAUGAAAAGGCAACUGCUAAUAAAGAGCACAUUGAUGAGGCCAACAAGAAAGCUAAGAAACUUAUUGAGUGAAGAAACGAACAUGAAGUCUUUCCCUCUGGCCCUUGUAAUGUACUUUAAUACGACAUCACAAUAUCACAGAUAAAAAGGUUCUAGUGGAGGAAUCAGCUUGAGAAUCCAUCCUGUUACCGUGUCCUGUUCAUUAUAUCCCCAUGAAGGGUCCUGUUCCUUCCUGACCUUUCAUGGGA